UAUCACAGCACUUCCUAUGCGUAUCACAAGCUGCUGAAAGACAUUUCCUCUCCAAGAUUUCCACGAUUUCGACAAAAUGCAUGUUCAGAUUUUCUUAUUAUGCAUAUGCCUCAUGUGGUUUGCCUGCUCCAAUGCCAUACCAUGCGACUCCUGUGGCAAGGAGUGUGCCAGCGCCUGUGGAACCAAGCACUUCCGAACCUGCUGCUUUAACUAUCUACGCAAACGCGCCGAUCCUGAUGCACUCCGCCAAAGCUCAAAUAAGCGACUCAUAGACUUUAUUCUGCUGCAAGGACAUGCACUUUACACGCAGGAACUACGGGAACGUCGAAACAACGGCACUCUUAUCGACCUGGAUCUAAACACGUACUAUGGCUAAAUAUCAUCCUCAAUCCCUCGAUCGAACAAUUCACAUGAUGAUGAAAAUGAUCUCGACCUCUGCGACUGUUUGAAAUGUUAAUUUUUUAAUAAAAGGCGUAAAUCUCUUUGGGGCAAUGUGCUUUAUAAAGCAGCUGA